AUGUCAUUAAACUAUGCAAGAGAAUUAUUAAAAAUAAGCAUAAGUCAAUUAUGUGAUGCUAUUGGAUUUGAUACAACAUCAGAAAUAGCUAUUGAUAUAUUAAUUGAUGUUUGUGAAAGACAGUUUUUAUCUUUAGCUAAACAAACAUCAAAUAUAAUUCAAUUAAAUAAUUAUUCUAAUCAAUAUUUUUUUCAUCUUUUAUCAAUUUUAAUUGAUAAUAAUCAAGAAUAUUUAAAUAAUUUACAAGAAUAUAUGUUACAAUUUCGAUCAUUACCUUUUUCACAAGAUAUUAUUCAAUUUCCAUAUAAAAAACGAAAUCAAUUUUACUUAAGAAUUCCACCUAAACAUUCACAAGAAAUUAUUCAAAGAGAUCAAAAUCAAUCAACUGAUUAUAUUUAUGAUUGGUUACCACUUUUUCCUGAUCAAGAAACACCAGAACAAUCAACAUCUAUUAAUAUUGAUACUAAUUUUGAUGCGACCAUUUAUCAUGAUCAACAAAAAAAAAUUGACAAAUCUGAUUCUCAUCAUCCUUUAACAUUAUUAUCAUUCUUAAGUAAGAAUGGUGAUGAAACAACAACAAUGCCAGUUGGAAGACGAGCAAAUCAAUCAUUACCUUCAGUUCUUUAUCGUCCACGACGUGUUAUUGAAAUGGAAGCAGCAGCAGCUGCUGCUGCAGCUGAAAAAGCAAAAAAAGAACAACUUGAAAAGGAAAAUAAUGAAAAAGAACAACAACAAGGUCCACCACCACCACUUCGUUUAACUAUACCAAAACCUUUAGUUGUUAAUGAUAAACCUCCACUAUCAAUUAAAAAAUUUCCACCACAACCAUCUCAAACAGUCCCAUCAACAAGAACAACAACUCCACCACCAUUAUCUUUAGUACCACCUCCAACACCACCACCACCAAUAACAACUGAUGGAACAGUUAUUAAAAAACCAUUAAGUGCAUCUGUAUUAGUUCCAAAUAGUCCAUCAAUUAAUCUUGGAAAAAAGUUAAUUGUCAGUCCACCAAUAAAUCAAUCAAAUGAAAUACAUUCUCAAUCACAUCCAUUAAUUAAUUUUUCAGAAAUAUCAUCAAAUAUUGAUAAAAAUAAUGAUACAGUACUCGAUUUAUCAACUAAACCAAUAUUACCAUCACCAAUACCAACACCAACACCAACACCACAACCAACAGCAGCGAAAGUUCCAAGAUUAAAAUUAAAUAUUAAAAAUGUUCCUAAUACUCAAAUAACAACUAAUUCUGAAACGCCUCCAACUGCUACAAAGAAAUUUCAACGACCGACAACAAGUACAAAACCAUUGGGAAACACACACGAGAAAGUUAAUUUAAAAAUUCGAACAUCAUCAUUACCUAUAUUUGGAACAAAUGAAGCUACUCCAAUAAUAAGUCCACCAAUAAAUAUUCAAAAUGAAAUUCGAACAAAUUCAAUUGAAUCUUCAUCAAUUAAUUUAAAUAAAUUAAUAAAUGAUAAUAAACAAAGAACAGAUUUAAUUCAUACAAAUAUUCGAAUCGAUCAACCAUCAACAUCAACAUUAAUAUCAUCACAAAAUGAAUCAAAUGAAGAUGAAAAUAAAAAGAAAAAAAAGAAAAAACAUCAUCAUAAUCAAGAUGAUAAACAAGAGAAAAAAAUAAAAAAAGCACAAGAAAAUAAUUUUAAUGAACAAAAAAAUAUGAAAAUGGAUAUUGAUACUAUUCAAUCAUCAACAAAUCCUCCAUUAAUAAAUCCAUCAAGUGGAGGAACAAUUCGUUUAAAAAUUAAAUUAGGAAAACCAUCAAGUUCAACAAAUUCUCUUCAAACAAAUAAAUCUGAUGAUCAAUUUAAUUUGACAAAUUCAAAUGAUAAUGAACAACGUCAUCAUACAGAAUUAAAAACAAGUCCAAUACGUUUAACAUUACCUGUUGCAUCAUCAAUAAAUUGUCCAAUAUCUUCACCUGUUCAAAUACGUCCACCAAUUAUUUCAACAAUAAAUCGAACACCACAUAGAAGAAAAUCUGGUAAAAUAAAACGUGUUCCACCAAAAACUGAAAUAAAUGAUAUAAAUUCAACAUCAAAUAUUUAUUUAAAUGAAGAUAAUACUGUAUCAAUUGAUGAUCUUCCACUUGGUGAACGUACAUCACCUAAUAAACCUAUUUUAAAUAAUAAUCAAAACAAUUUAUCACAACCAAUUAUUUCAACACCAAUUAAAAAAAAACAAAAUACAAAUAAAAAAAAAUCAAUUUCAAAACGAACAAAUAAUACUGUUGGUGUUGCUGUUAUUGAAGAACGACGUGUACGAGUUUUAUUUUUUCAUUUUUAUUUUAAAUCUAUUUCAAUUUAUCUUUUAUCUUUACACUUUUCUCUUUCAUUUACUAAUCAAAAACAUUUUACAUAUCACUAUUCGAUUCUAUUAGAUAAGAUUAUUUAUUAA